AUGCCAGAUCCUCACGUCGACAUUCCCAAACCUAAGCAGCGCCGCAUCUCAAGAGCCUGUGACUACUGUCAUCGUCGUUCGAUUAGAUGCAAGCCAGCGGAGGGUUUCUCAGGCGCAGGCGGAUCCUCCAGUUGCCAAAACUGCAAGGAUUUUGCGCAAGUUUGCACUUAUCAUCGCCAGCCGAAGAGACGAGGAGUUCCCGCGCGGAACGGCAGUGGGGGACCGUCGGCCAAUCGACAUGUGGUGGAGGGAUUGCCAGAUCUAGAGUCGUCGAGAUCGCCAUCUCAGGGCGACUUGCGGAUAAUACCCGAGAUUCAACAGCCGGGCCCUAAUGCCAAUACCUCACCACAGUCCCAGUCAGCCUGGCGGGCUCCCUACAUUGUUAGCCAGGCGACUGUCGUUGACCUCGUUGAGCUCUACUUUGAGAUCGUCUAUCCCAUCUUCCCCUUCUUCCACCAGCCCUCCUUCACUCGCAAGAUCUCGAGGGCCGAAUAUAACACUAAUCAGUCGCUCUUUGCCACCACCAUGGCCGUAUGUGCUUUGGCCCUCCAGAGGGAGACGUUGCCAGACACCUUUUAUGCCGAGGCCAAGAGGCAGUUGCUGGACAAUGGCCUUGACAACUCAGACUUUAACAUCCUCCGUGGUCACGCUAUAAUGGCCAUUACGGCUAUUCAAAACGGAAAAAUCCGAGACAUGCAUCAUCACCUUGGCAUCUAUCACACAUUCAUGGCCAUGGAUGGACUCCAUGACGAGGUAAAUUGGCCAUCCGGUAUCGGUAUUAUUGAGAGAGAAGAGAGAAGAAGAAUGUUUUGGUCCAUUUAUACCCUGGACAUCUUCACAUCCGUGGUUUGGGGUGGUGUUAUCCGUUCUCGAGAACAGCAGGCCAAUGUAGCUUACCCAGCAGAGGUGGAUGACCAUGGUCUAAGCCCUCCCAUUGCUCGCCUUGUCCUCACUGCACAAUCUGAUUGCUGGUUGUCCGGCUGGAAUUUUAUCACUGACCUAUACAGAGUGUUGGAGCAUGCUCUGGCACGAUUUCGGGAUCGCAGGAGAUCCUUCAUGUCCGAGAUCAUUGACGACCAGUCAACAGUGACUGGGCAAUCCGUUCGUGACAAGGUACUCCGCAUGUACUUGAACCUUCCCGAAUGCUUCAAGAACACGCCAGCCAUGGCAUUUAACCAGAAGCAAGAUCUCUUUGGUUUCCAGGCAGCCAACAUCACCGCCAGCCUCCAACUUCUUCGCAUCACAUUAUUCGCGGCCGGAGGCGCAAGCAUCGCAGAGCGCUGUGAGAUUGCCUCUGACGUGGUAGAUGCUUUCAGCUCCAUUCCAGUGCAGUAUUGCUUGACAAUAAGCAAACCGUUGCUGCAUCAUUUGGGUGGAAUCGGCGCUAUCCUCGGUUCGGUCUUUGAAGAACCUCUCAGCGAAGCAGAGUACAAUCGCGUGAGAUCUGUCAUGUUAUCGAUGGCAAGGCUUCUUGAAAACCUCGAGACGAUACACCGCAGCUCGAGUGCCAGCGAGAAGCUUCGAUCUCAGGUAUCCCGCAUUGACGAGUACAUGGCAGCCCAGCGCCAACAGUCAAGGCCGCCUCUCGAGGAUACUCCAGUGAACACUACGGUGCAGCAAGUGGUGCCGGUCGACAGCUCCAGAGGUGGUGGCCAAAAUUAUGAGCAGGUUGGCACGGAGAUGACUGGUGAUUGGUCGUUCUUGGUGCCUCCGGACUUGUUAGGCGAUCUAACAUGGAAUUUUGAUUUUGGUGGAGUGUUUACAUGA